CCCACUGUCCGAGGUUUUGGAUUCGAACGGGACCAAACAAGCCCAGAUAACUACUGGAAUGUCUGCUGCUACUUCUGCUGGGGCGGAAUAUCAACCCCCCGUUUCAAUCGACAACGCUUACAAAACAGAACGUCUGAAUGAGUUAGCCCGCAGAGUCCACCAGGGUUCUGCACAUGCGGGUUUGGCGAUUGUGGCCGAAGAUCAAGCGGAUAACUUGCGACUAGCUGUUUUGGAGAGGCGCGACGAAGCUGAGCAGCGAUUGCUGUCUCAAACGGAAGAACGCUGCACAUAUGUCCACUGCAAAACGUGCAACUAUCGCGCUUGGAAGGCUGCUGACGUAUGUCGCACACAAAAUCACUCGCUGGUUUACCUGAAAGGAACCAAACGAUAUUUUCGCUGUCGAAACUGUUCGAAACGGACAACCACUUUUGAACGAUACCCCUCCGUCUGUUGCAGUAACUGUGGCGAAUCUCUGUUUGAGAAAGCGAGUAUUAUUAAGGAAAUGCAAAAUAAACUGGAGCUAUUGAGCCGCUGAUUUCGCCAUCUGUCAGCUCUAAAGACCCACAUGAAUGUCCGAUGGUUAAGGAUCCAUGGAAAACACAACGACGGAUAAGGUCACGAAACGAAGAGAAGCACUGCGGCCGAAGUGGCUCAAUGUGAUUUCCGGAGAGGAUGUACGGCUCCUCAUUAAGCUCUUUAGCUAUGCUUAGUAUUCUCUUCGCACUCUCCACUUCUGCUUUCGCUUUUCCGUUUAACUGGCUGUGCUGAGGGCUAUUGAUGUGGUGAUCGAAUUUCCACUUCUCACUGAAAGCUCCAACUUCCUUAAUAGUAAAUUCCUACUUCCUCGGUGAUUCCAUAUGGAGAAAAAUUGUCGCGCAGCUUGUUCACCACUGGUCUUUGGCGGUGCAUUAAUACCAAAAUAAUCACUGUUGUACCGUACUGUGAUCAAGUAUUCCUUUCCGUCGGGCGUGAACAGGUCAUCUGCUACUGCGAUUACCAACCAAGUUACUGACUAAAAUCAUCGCACAGCAUGGGGGAAAAGAGUACCUGCACCACAACAAACUUGAUCUGAUGCCCUGUUCCAUCCUAAGGAUUAACGACCUGCAGCGUGAAUGGUGAAUACUGUAAGGAAGCAGCAAAAGGCGCUAUCUCUCCGUAGAUGCAUCCAACAUCCCUGUUACAAUGAUAAUUUGCGGAGGCGAGCCUUCUCGAUAUUUCAUGUCGGC